AUGCGAGUGGAAAUUAUUUUCCGUCUCGGGAAAUUCACUGAACUGCACACACGUCAGCGGCGAUCGAUACAACUCAACACAGUUUACACCAGUCCCACAAUUGGUACGGACUUGUUGCUAGGAGGGACGCGGAAAUCUAUCGAGGAGACCCCGCUUAUCGCGAGACCAAACAAGACUGAUAAGGCCCACAAUGCAGUCGCGAAAAAGCGGGACGGCCGUUUUAGCGUACCGUCAGCAACCGAAUGUGUGUCAGGCCGUGUCAAUGACUUCGGGCCGGUAAACAGUGGUUACACGUGCGCGGGGGACGCGAAAUCGAACACCGACUAG